GACACAGCCAGAGCACUGAGAGAUAUCAGGUAUUGAUGUAAAUGGAGUAAAUAAGGGAACCUUCUUCCUGAGCACAGACAUUGGAGCCUGUUAUCAGCAUGAACUCAUAUGUGUUAGACAAUCACUUGAAUAGUUUAUACCCAUCCUUCACUACAGAAAGCUUCAGAAUGAUACCACAAACUCCAAAAGUCUUAGACACUAAUGACUAUUCACAAACAUUGGGGAUAUCAAAACAGAUAUUUAAAGGAGAUGAAGAAUUGUCAGGAACUGGGCAGCAAUCAUUAUGCACAGAGAGUAAUUUAGUCAUCAAACAAGAGGACAACAUUUAUGACUUAUCUAGUGAAAUGAUUAUUCCAGAGGAUAAACCACACACAUUUACUGAGUGUUCAAAACAUUUAAAAGAAGGGGAAAGUCUUAAGUCUAGCCAAAUGAUUCAUACAAAUAAGAAACCUUUCAAAUGUACAGAAUGUGAGAAAAGAUUCACAUGUAAUUUGCAUCUCCUUGAACACUACACAGUUCACACAGUUGUGAAACCUCACACGUGUACAGAAUGUGGGAGAUGUUUCACAUCUAAAGGAAGCCUUGAGUGUCACAAAAAUACCCACACAGGGGAGAAACCUUUCACAUGUAAUGAGUGUGGAAAAUGUUUUACACAAAAGGGUGUUCUGAAAAGUCAUGAAAGGAUUCACACAGGAGAAAAGCCUUUCACAUGUACAGAGUGUGGAAAAUGUUUUACACAAAAGAAUGUUUUGAAAAGGCAUGAAAGGAUUCACACAGGAGAAAAGCCUUUCACGUGUACAGAGUGUGGAAAACGUUUUACACAAAUGAGUAAUCUAAAAAGUCAUGAAAGGAUUCACACAGGAGAAAAGCCUUUCACAUGUACAGAGUGUGGAAAAAGUUUUACAUCUAUGAGUAACCUGAAUAAUCAUGAAAGGAGUCACACAGGAGAAAAGCCUUUCACAUGUACAGAGUGUGGAAAAAGUUUUAUAGAUAUGAGUAAUCUGAAAACUCAUGAAAGGAGUCACACAGGAGAAAAGCCUUUCACAUGUACAGAGUGUGGGAAAUGUUUUACACGUAAAAAUUGUCUGAAAACUCAUGAAAGGAUUCACACAGGAGAAAAGCCUUUCAAAUGUACAGAGUGUGGGAAAUGUUUUACACGUAAAAAUUGUCUGAAAACUCAUGAAAGGAUUCACACAGGAGAAAAGCCUUUCACAUGUACAGAGUGUGGAAAAUGUUUUAUAGAUAUGAGUAAUCUGAAUAAUCAUGAAAGGAGUCAUACAGGAGAAAACCCUUUCAUAUGUACAGAGUGUGGGAAAUGUUUUAUAGAUAUGAGUAAUCUGAAUAAUCAUGAAAGGAGUCACACAGGAGAAAAGCCUUUCAUAUGUACAGAGUGUGGGAAAUGUUUUACACAAAUGAGUAGUCUGAAAACUCAUGAAAGGAUUCACUAAGGAAGAAACCUUUCACAUGUUUAGAAAGUGGAAAAAAGGUUUUUAUUGAAAUCGGGUAUCACAUAACACCAAAUAUUUACACACAAACUUUAUAUACACAGCGUACAAACCUUUUUACAAUUAUCCUAGAGGACAAACUCUCUAAAUAGAAGCAUCAAAAAGGAUCCCAUUGUAAAUAAUACUUUCUAAUCCCAGUAAUAAAAGCCCCAGAUUAGAAGUGCUCUCCUGCUGUUCUUUGUUCCUCUAUAUAUGUGCACCUCAGUUUCUCUCAUAUCAAUGCGAUAGAAUCCAAACAGCACACAGGAAUAUACAAAUCUGUCCUCAUACUGACCAGUUUACACAACCAUUCAACACCAAAGCACCCCCAGUGUUGUUUAUUAAUAUGCCAGUGUUAGGAGUUGUACGUUUGAUUUACAUAGGGGAGAAAAUAAUUAUAUUUACAGAAUAAAGGAGUCUUUAUAUGAAUAGUGUUAGAGAAUUAUAUAAACAAGAACAUCAGUCUCAAAUGAUUGACAUCUGGGAGAUAUAGUUAAUGUGCACAUCAUGUGGAUAAACCUUUUCUUAUAGCAAUAGAUGCUUAGCAUUGUACAAGUUAUAUACCAGAGGAAUUACUGAGGGGAAACUGAUUUUAUUUAAUGAGACACAAUAUCAGUAACCGGUACAUACGUGAUCAUAAUCAGUUUAAUUUAAAUGGCUCCUAUAACCUACAUGUAUACUGGGUAUGUAAUAUGUGUGUCAUGUGAUCAUAAUCAGUUUAAUUUAAAUGGCUACUAUAACCUACAUGUAUACUGGGUAUGUAAUAUGUAUGUCAUGUUCUGUAACUUGAUAUUAUGUCUGUUAGAUGUUUUCAUGUUAGUUAGAAGCCACAAGAACUGAUAAUAGCACAUACUGUAUAUAUAUAUAAAGGGAACAUUUAUAUGUCUGAUAAAUCCCUUUGUAUCAAGAGCACAAGUGUUAGGUAUAUUUAUACCAUUGUGUGCAUAUAUCAUGUAAUGCUGCUGUUUACUAUAUAAUGAUAUACAAUGUUUUUUCAUGCAAAUAAAAAGUGAUUGUAAUCCA